AUGCGCCCUUCAGCGCUCCUUGCUGUCCUUCCUUUACUCGCCACUACCCCUCUCAUCCUCGCUAGACCAACAUACGAUGAUGUUCCUCAAGUGAGAGAACGAAAGUCGCUCUCUUUUGGUCCGGUACACAAGCAUCAUUCCUUCCAAGUCAUCGACGAGCCUCCCGUCGCUGUCUCUGCUCUUCUCAACGAGCCGGUAGACUACAAGGAUGUAGCUAGUACAUUUAUCGCUAAGAAAGUCGGUCCUGAGGGAGAGGCAUUCUAUAUCCGAGAAGACAGUUACACCGAUGCCUCAACCGGUGUUACCCGAAUCUUCGCCAAGCAACUCGUCAACGGACUUGAAGUGUCUGAUGGUGAUCUCAACAUCAACAUCGAUUCCAAUGGUCGAGUCCUCUCAUGGGGUAACUUAUUCCACCCUGGAGAAUUGCCCAACAUCCACGACGCGUUGGAAGGUACUUCUGGCGAGACCGAACGAACUUGUCAAAUCCUUCAAGAUACCUACGAUGCUCAUCUCGACCAUCUUUCCGGACUCAAGGGUGAGGAAGGAGCCUGGGGAUUGGUCAAAUCUGCUGCUCAAGUCAUCCUCGGUGGAUCCUACUCUUCGAAAGAUCAGUCUACCGAUGAACAUGCUGUCAAGAAGAUUCACAAGUCUAUGAGAAAUGUCAGACAUCAUCAAAAAGCUUUAUGUCAACAACCCAUCAGAGAGACCUCUUCGGGUAUCUUAUCACCCGUUGAAGGUUUGCUCACCCUCUUACCUAGGAUUCACGCCAGCAACGACGAUUUUCAAGGUGUCUCCGUCAUGGACUUGACUUCUAUCCCCAAACAUAACCUCAAACCUAAAGAUGCUCCUGCCGAACCUCCCACCGAGAUUAUUUCUGGACCGGGUCUAGAUAAAUCAGGAGUCAUCUCUGACGUACCUGCUCGACUUAUGUAUACUCAAGUUUCCGAAGGUGCCCCAAGACUCGUCUGGAACUAUGUCGUCGAGAUGAAAGAUAGUUGGUACGAAGCUUAUGUCGAUGUCAAGACUGGUGAACUCCUCAGAAUCGUCGAUUGGGCUACUGAUUUCGAUUUCGAACCUUACAACACUCAAGGCCACAAGGAAGUUGAAGUUAAGAAAGGUGGUCACCAAAAGCCACUUCCUAAUCCUCACAAAUAUGAACCUUACUCUUACCAAGUAUUUCCAUGGGGUGUAAAUGACCCUUCUGUCGGAAAUUUGACGGUAGUCACCAAACCAUGGGAUAACGUUGCCUCACCUCUCGGAUGGCACAAGUUCCCAUCUUCCGCCAACCCUUACGAAACCCCUAUCGACGGUAUGCACGUUCACACCAAUUAUACGGUCUUCAAGACUACUGCGGGUAAUAAUGUCUACGCUCAUGAAGAUUGGGAAGGACGAAAUAACUUCUUACACAACUACCGACCUAUCGCUAACGACACUAUCUUCGUCUAUGAUUAUCUGGAACCUGAAGGUGUAAGACCCAAAGAUUAUGUUGAGAUGGCCGUCACCCAGCUCUUCUACACUUCAAACAUGUACCAUGAUUUACUCCACCGACUUGGUUUCGAUGAACUCUCAGGUAACUUCCAAGUUUACAACUUUGAGAAGGGAGGUAAAGGUGGAGACCCCGUUAUUUGCAAUGCUCAAGAUGGAUCGGGUUACAAUAAUGCCAACUUCAUGACUCCACCUGAUGGGGAGGCUCCGAGGAUGAGGAUGUACGUAUGGGAUACCGCUACUCCUUACAGGGACGGUGAUCUCGAGAGCGCAAUCGUCAUACACGAGUACUCACACGGUUUAUCCACACGAUUGACAGGUGGUCCCGCUAACUCGGGUUGUCUGGGUUGGGGUGAAGCGGGAGGUAUGGGCGAAGGUUGGGGUGACUACUAUGCUACGAGCAUUCGUCAGAUCGAGGAGCACAAGAACUUCAAGAACAACUCCGACGUCUAUCCAAUGGGCGCAUGGGCGGCUAAUAGUGCUGGUGGUAUCCGUCAUUAUCCAUACACUACUGAUAUGGAUGUCAACCCAUCCACCUAUAAGUUCCUGAAUAAAGGAAACUAUUGGGGCGUACACGCUAUCGGAGAGGUCUGGGCUGCGAUCCUCCAUCACGUUUCCCAAAGACUCGUCGAGAAGCACGGAUUUGGAGAGACCUUAUUCCCUCCCGAGGAUCCUUCCAAGCCCAACGAUUACUACACCAAGACCAGCUCAGAAUCUGUUGACGCCGCUGGUAGACCCAAACCUCUCAUCCCCAAGCACGGUAACACCCUUCUAGCUCAGUUGGUGCUUGACGGUAUGAAGAUCCAACCUUGUCGACCUACAUUCUUCGAUGCUCGAGAUGCCAUCAUCCAAGCUGACCAAAUCCGAACUGGAGGUGACAACUACUGUGAUCUUUGGUCUGCCUUCGCUGAAAGAGGUCUCGGUGAGGAUGCUAGAUUGGAUGGUAGUACUCCUUGGGGAGGUGGCAUCAGAGUUGAUGGUUUCAAAUUACCUAAGAAAUGUAGGAAAUCUCAUUUCGAGUAA